UAUUUUCCCAUUAGCUCUCAGUGUGUGAGGAUGGAGCAGCCAAUCUGAUCCAGUCAGCUGGAGCCAGCAGAGUUCCUCCUGAGCCCCUCAACAAACCCCUCUGACCUCUCCGGACCGACCCGUCUGCACCAUGAAGCUCUGGGUGGUGCUCGGCAUGGCCCUGCUCUGGGUGGAGCUCCAAAAUGGUUCCUGCCAGCAGAUCAAGCGUAGAAAAGAUGUAGGAGAGAACCGCAUCCACCCUGGGGGGAAGAGGGUGAAGGUACGAAAACUAAAAGAGGUAGCAGGGAAAGGCCAGACCCUGCUGACCCAGGUUCUAGAUAAGGGACGCUUCCUGCGCCUGGGCCAGAGCACCAGCCUGACCCCAGGGAGGAACAUGGAGCUGCGCUGCAAAGGCAACUCCAUCGGGUGGUCCUACCCCCCCUACCUGGACACCUUCAAUGACUCCCGCCUCAGCAUCAUGCAGAGCGACAAGUACAGUCAGCUGAUCCUGAAGGCGCCCUCUGCUGCCGACACGGGGCCCUACAGCUGCUGGGUGAUCGUCUGUGAUGGCACCGAGUGUGAGAGGGACCACGACCGAUCAUACGUCUCAUACAUCUAUUUCACAGACAAAGACAACCUCUUCGUCCCCUCGGCCUUCCACUUUGAGAUCGCGUACCUGCGCCCGGACCGGCCCGCCGUGGUGCCGUGCCGCGUGACCGACCCGCAGUCCGAGGUGACCCUACACAGAGAGGUCCCUCCAGAGGAGAUCACGGCCAACGGGACGCAGAUGACCUACGACCCAAGCAAGGGCUUCGUCCUGCAGAACCCCAGCCCCGAGCAACAGGGGGUCUUCUACUGCAAGGCCGUGACCAAGGGCACCCCCCAGAUCUCCACCAAGUACCAGCUGCUCUACGUGGAGGUUCCUAGCGGGUCACAUAUGCUGUCUGUCCCUCCUCAUCAUGAAAGGCUGAAGCUGCACAUCUCGUCCAUCUGCACUCAGACCCGCACCCUCAACAAUCACUUCAUUACUCAGCUGGACUUCUAA